AAUUACAAUGGGAGGGGACCGAAGCUAAAAAACACAUAAAAAACAAAAUAACACGCAAAUCAUUGGUGGUUUAGGCGUCAAGAAACCGUAUAAAAGCAAAACAGAACAAAUCAAACAUUGAAAUACAAAAAAAAUAAAAUAACACGCAAUUCAUUGUUGCAGAGUGAGAGAAUAGUGAAUGAAGAUGAUGAAGAAGUUCCAUGUGAUCUCUGUUUCCAUUUUGCUCGCACUUUUUACUCUCUUUGAGUUAGGUUUAUGCACGCGACAACAUCGUAACAAAAUUGUUAGAAUGAAAAUCGGAGCAGUCGAGGAAACUCCAAAUGAUGUUUCUAAAAUCGAAAGCCUCGCUCGUUUCGCUGUUCAACAACACAACAACAAAGAGAAUACCCUUCUUGAAUUUUCAAGGGUAUUAAAAGCAAAAGAACAGGUUGUAGCGGGUAAAAUAUAUUAUCUAACCCUGGAAGCAGUUGAUGCCGGAAAGAAGAAGAUAUAUGAAGCCAAAAUUUGGGUUAAGCCAUGGAUGAACUUCAAGCAGUUACAAGAAUUCAAACUUGCUCAUGCGAUCUUUCCCUUCAGGAGUUCUGAUCUGGGUGUUAAGCAAGAGGGACACAAGUUAGGAUGGCAUGAAGUUCCAAUUCACGAUCCUAAUGUCAAAGAUGCUGCUAAGUUUUAUAUGAAGUCUCUUAACAUGAAGGUCAACUGUCUGUGUCGGUAUGAACUUCUGGACAUUGUUCGGGCCGAAAUCAAGGUCAUUGAAGAUUAUGUCAAGUUUAACUUGCUUCUGAAGGUAAGCAUGAAAAAUAAAGAAGAACGGUUAAGGGUUGAAGUAAGUAAAAAACUAGGAGGAAGUUAUUACUUGAGCAUGUAGGAACAAGAUCACUCCUGAAUGAAUUGGCCAUCUUUAUAUUUGUUGAUGUAAGUAAAGUGAUGCUGCUAUUGUUACUUAUAUGAAAAACUAGCUGUUCUCUGAACGUGUUCUGUACAUAAUUGUUUAGUUGUAUAAUACUUAUAAGGACAAAUUAAGAUGCAUAUUGAUAAUAUAUCAACUUGCCUUUCAUA